UCCCACUGGCCUGCCAUGCGCAGGUAGGCCUCACAAGGCCUGGUAGGCCUCAGGCAGGAGGACAAGGCCCAGCAGCCAUCUUCUCACGCACCGCCAGGCCCCGCCAUCCUGGCCCUGCCACCAGGCUGCCCUCCCUCCUGGGACAGAGCACAAGCAGCAGCCCUGGCCUGAGCCGAUUAGCCUUAUUAAUAGAAAUUAAACCCUGGCUGUGAGUGCUGCCAAGACCUGCGGGCCCCGUGUGUGCCUCCUUCCCCACUGAUGGGGCACAGGGACUAAGAGGCUUGGGAGGAUUAAUGUGUGGGCCCCAAAACCCCGGCCCCAGAGCCUGCAGGGGUAUGGGCUUCCCCAUGUGUAGCUGAGAACUAUGGUGGCAAUCAAACGGCAGCCAUGCAGGGGCUUUGUUUUGGGGCUGCUGGGAGUGGGAUGCAUCUGGUCCCAAACAGCUAUUCCAGCCAUGGAGGAUGGCAAUCCCUUGGCUGCUCCACCUCGUCUUCACUCUCCGCUGAGCACAUGCCCCUCAGCUUUGCCCCACCCCAGGAGUAUGGAGGAGCCAGUGGAUACUUGGGAGACUGUACAAAGCUGCCCCAUCCCCUGUUUUGCCCCUCACUGAAACAUGGAUCUCUGCUAUGUUCUCCCUCUGCACCCAGUCUCCUGCUCAGCCUAUCACAACACUCUUAUUCCUCCCACUGGGAGAGCAGUGAGGAGCCCCGUGGCAGGCCAUGGGAUUACCGAGGGAUUCGGGCAGCAGCAGGCAGCCACCUCCUCCCCAUUGGCUGAAAAAGCCUCUUAAAAGUGGAGAAGCGCAUUCUGCGCGGUCAGCACCUGCUGGUCUUCGUCGACCUGAAGCCAUAAUCAGCCACUGACCCACAUCCACGCUGCCUGCAUCCACCCAUAGGAGGCAAGGGGGUCCCUGCGUGGGGCAUCCCCUCUGCUGGUGGUUUUGCAGAGGGUUGCAUUGGAGCUGGAGAAAAGCAGGCUGAGAGGGGGAUUAGCUCUGCAGUGAGGACGUGGCUGCCCUGAAGAAAGCAGCAGGGCACAAGAGACCGCUCAAAAGGCACUGGAUUCCUGCAGCUGUCACCCUGUGCCCCGCUGACAGCAUGUCCACCAUGGGGCAUAGAACCUGCAGGGCCGUCUGACUGGGCACACUCAUCCAGAGCUGGGGAGUACCAGCUGGACUGAUCCACUCGGUCUUUGGGGUCUUGGGCACUCGUCGCUUCAUUGCUCAGGUCAGUGGUGAAGAGGGGUGCUCACAUCUGAGCCAACAUGACAGCUUCUGCAGGCCUGUACUCAUUUCUUUAGUGGCUUUCUCAGGAUGGAUUUUGUAGGCUAGUGGCACAAAUGGUGGCUUUUGUAUUGACUAAACCCUUCCCAAGAUAUCCAUACUCUACUGAGGCACCAGGAGAGAUCCUCACAUUUGUGUGGACACUCCUGGAUGCUGGUAGUAGUGCAGCUUGCCUGGUACAGCGGGGUUUUUCUGCAGUGGCCUUCACCUGCCCAGGUUUCGUGACUUCUGGUGCUGGUGCAAGUCUCCUGGCAUCCAGUAGCAGCUAGACCUGUGGCAGUGCUUGCUAUGGGGCCACCUGCAUGCAAUGCCCAGGGCAAGUGCUGUUGCCUGUGCUGAUGAGCUUUAAUGUGGGGUAUUUUUACCCAUGAAUAAAGCUCCUUAACUGUGGAGAAAAUAAUAGCAAGCUGUAGCGUAUGCAGAGGCAGGUACAGGGUACAUGGUGUGACCACCGUGUGCAGUGGUGAGCAGAGGAGCCCGCGUGCGCACCGGGGCGUUAUGAUUGAGGCAGCUCUGAACUGCCUGCUCAGAGCUGGGAUAAAGCUCCAGCAGAGCUGUGCUGCAGCACGUUGGCUUGGAGGGAGUUCCACGUGUGAGCUGCUCGGCUGCACCUCAUCUUUGUCAGACAGCAUCGAGCUACAGCCAGGUAAAUGUUUUUUCAUACCUUACUGUAUAGGUGUGUUGCGCCAUGGAAGGGGCUCCUGCUGGUACCCAUCCAGCCCUAGACUCAAGCAGUACCCAUGGAUAUUUGUUUAAUGUGCUCAGAUACUGUUGAUUCAUCAUUAACAGGUGAUGCUGUGGAAAUCUCUGAAGUGAUCCCACGGGUGGACAAUGUUUUCCUGCUAGGAAGAUGAAAAGCAAAUGGUCCAAUUGAUUGAUUUGAUUUGUGGCACAGGACAAGAGCGAGAAGAGUGAGGCUGGAAGAGGGCUCAGGCAAAAAGGGUUGGGAUGUGCUCGGUGGCAGCUACUCUUAUUUGAGGUGCAGUGGAUGGAGUGGUGGUUGAGAACUGUGCUGAUCAAGCCAUCAGUGUGCUUCUGCAAUGGGUCAACUUUUGCUUGGCUGUAACCAGGUGGGGCUGGGAGAGGAGCAAGGGCAGGUAGGGGCUGAAGCUGAGUUCAAAGGGCAAUAUUGUUGGUGGCUAGGUGGGUGGACUAGAUAAUCUUGGAGGUCUUUUCCAACCUUAAUGAUUCUAUGAUUUUAUGGGGCUGUGCUCAGUCUGAUUGUGCUGGUGCCAGUGGUCAGAACACCAACAGAAAGGGGUGAGUGGAAGGUAUGGGUGUCUGAAGAGUGUAUAAUUAACCUUUUCUUUCUAGCAAUGAUUCUUUUCUUUUUCUAGCAGCCUGGUCUUGAUUAAUUCCUCUGCCCAUUGCCACAGUACCUGAGAGCUGUUAGGGUAUUGCCACCCAGAAGAGCUGCCUCAAUCCUCAGUGCUCCCCUUUUUCAUGGCUGAUGGGGUCCUAAAGGUUGGGAAGCUCUGCUGCAGGGCACUGUGGCUGUGGCAGACACCUGGGUGCUGCCAUAAACAAACUCUCUGGCAUCUUCAGGAGCAAGGGGGAAGGAGGAAGACCACUGAGACUGGCUGGCUGGUGACUCCCAACCCACCGUAACCUCUGCAGCAUCUGCAGAUCUCUUGUUGUCUCUCUGUGUCACCCUACCUCCUUCCGGCCUGCCUUUCCCCACCCAGGCUAGACGAUGGGGAGAGCUGACCCAGAGGAAGGGCAGCUCCCAGCUCCCGUGAAGCCCCCAGAUGGUGGCUGGGGCUGGAUCGUGCUCUUUGGCUGCUUUGUGAUCACUGGCUUCUCCUAUGCCUUCCCGAAAGCUGUCAGUGUCUACUUCAAGGAGCUCAUGAAAGAUUUCCAUGUGGGCUACAGUGACACGGCCUGGAUCUCCUCAAUUAUGCUGGCCAUGCUCUAUGGAACAGGACCAGUAUGCAGCAUCAUGGUGAACCAGUUUGGCUGCCGGCCUGUGAUGCUCAUCGGCGGGCUGCUAGCUUCCUCUGGGAUGAUUCUGGCGUCUUUUACUACCAACAUCAUUGAGCUUUAUCUGACAGCUGGAGUGCUGACGGGUCUUGGUAUGGCGUUGAACUUCCAGCCCUCACUGAUCAUGCUGGGCACCUACUUUGACAAACGUCGGCCUCUUGCCAAUGGACUGGCUGCUGCUGGGAGCCCUGUCUUCCUUUCCUCCCUCUCUCCACUGGGGCAAGUGCUGCUGGAGAAGUUUGGUUGGCGAGGAGGGUUCCUCAUCAUGGGAGGCCUUCUGCUUAACUGCUGCACUUGUGGGGCAGUCAUGAGACCCCUGGAUAUGGGCAUGAAGCGGAAAAUGGAGAAGGCUCAGGACAAAUAUGAAGCCAAGGAGAUGCUGCCCAUGGGAGGCAAGUCAGAGGAGGGCAUCAGCACCACUGAUGGAACCAAGAAAGCCAAGAAAGCCAAAAAGAAGCCCAAGAAAGGAAAGAAGCUGUUGGAUUUUAGUAUCUUUUCCAACCGAGGCUUCAUCAUUUACACUAUCUCAAAGUUCAUCCUGGUCUUGGGUCUCUUUGUGCCCCCCAUCUUGCUGGUCAACUACGCCAAGGACACAGGCGUACCGGACACAGAGGCUGCAUUCUUGCUCUCCAUCAUUGGUUUCAUAGACAUCUUUGCCCGGCCAGCGUGUGGCAUGGUGGCAGGCUUGAAGUGGGUCCGUCCUCACGUGGCAUACCUGUUCAGCUUUGCAAUGCUCUUCAACGGCUUGACAGACAUCUGCAGCGCCAGGGCUAGCAAUUACACAGGGCUGGUCAUCUUCUGUGUCUUUUUUGGCAUUUCUUAUGGCAUGGUGGGGGCUCUGCAGUUCGAGGUGCUGAUGGCCAUCGUUGGCUCCCAGAAGUUCUCCAGUGCCAUCGGCCUGGUCCUACUUAUUGAAGCUUUUGCUGUGCUCAUUGGUCCACCCUCUGCAGGCCGCUUGGUUGACGCUCUCAAGAACUACGAGGUGAUCUUCUACCUGGCGGGCUCGGAGGUGGUGCUCUCCGCUCUCUUCCUGGCUAUGGCCACUUACUGCUGCCUGAACCGAGGGAAGAAGAUGCCUCCCCCAGAGAAAAACCCUUCAGCGGGUGGUGGGAGCGACACUGAAGAAGCCGAGUCUGAUGUGCAGGAAGCCGAGGAGCACAGCAGCGAUAACCACCAGCCAGCCCAUGGCACUGACAAGGCCAUGGUGGCGGCCAAUGAGGAGGCCAACCAUGUGGAGGACGAGCAGAGUGGGGAGGGAGGCAGGUGUCCUGAGGAGGAUGGGGAGGUGUCGGCACGAGCUGACCAGACGGUGGAGAGGGACAGUUUUUAGCAGAGGAAUGGGGAUGUAAAUAAGUGGCCUGGUUUGAGCGUAACUCGGCAUGGGAUUGUAGAUGGGAUGUGGGGUGGAAAAAAGUCAGACAAAAGCAGGUGUAAGAGAUAAAAGGGCUAAAGUCUAAGAACAGCUGGUCCUCAUGUACAUAUGUCCACAUACCUACACAGUGAUAUGUCUACUCGCAUCCUGCACCCAUGCUGGUACAACGCAGGCUCAGCGCAGCCCAACCACCAGAAUCUUCUUCCCCCUACCUCCAAACCAGCCCUGGAAAUUGUAUUUUGAAGAGGCUGCGAAGGACUCUCCUUUUCCUUCUGCAUUGUCACAAUACAGAACACAAUUAGAGACUCUUUGUAAUCA